AUGGCAGUCGACUCUAGCACUAUCAGACCAACUAGAUUUAACACAUUAUUCACAAAUCCCCUCGAGACCCGCGACGAUGUCAUAGCUGCCUGUCACGCUCUAUUUAAUCCCCUUCUUCCUAAGUUCUCCCCUGGGAAGGCUCGCGUGCAGUUAGAUGCAUCUAGCUCUAACUGGGAUCGUGCAGCAUGUGAUCUUGAAGGAUUUGCUCGUCCCUUGUUUGGACUGGUCCCUCUAGCCAGAGGCGGAGCAAAGUUUGAUUACUGGCAUGUUUACAGAGAGGGUCUAAAAAAUGGCACCAAUCCUAGCCACCCAGAGUAUUGGGGAACCGUUACUGAUAUGGACCAGAGGCAUGUAGAAGCAACAGCUCUGGGAUACGCACUGCUCGUGGUUCCAGAACAUGUGUAUGAUCCACUUGACGAAGUGUCCAAAAGAAACCUCGCGAGCUGGUUAAUACAAAGCAGAAACACACAACAUGCUAAUAACAACCACAAGUUUUUUCGUAUCCUCGUUGAUAUGGGUCUUGAAAAAGUGGGCGUUUCGAUUGAUAGGAAUGGUACUGAAGAGUAUCUGAAAGAUCUUGAGAGUAUGUAUAUCGAGAAAGGAUGGUUUCGUGAUGGAGCCGACAUUCCAGAUACGCGCAGAUUAGAUUAUUACAAUCCGUUUGCUUGGCAUUACUACGGCCUUUUGUACUCUGUUUAUCGACCAGAGGACAAGCCCCGUGCUGAUAGAUGGCGGGAAAGAGCACGUACUUUCGCAAAGCAUUAUAUCCAUUGGUUCUCUGAUAAUGGCGCUAAUGUUCCAUAUGGACGAAGUCUUGUCUAUCGCCAUGCCACAGCUGCAUAUUGGGGUAUGCUGGCUGUGGCGAACAUUGAAGCUCUACCAUGGGGUGUGAUUAAAGGACUAUAUCUACGCAAUCUGCGUUGGUGGGCUUCCCAACCGAUUAAUACACUGGACGAUGGUCUUUUGACGCUUGGAUAUGCGUACCCCAAUCAAUUUAUAACAGAACGGUACAGUUCAACAGGCUCGCCCUGGUGGUCAAUGAAAGCGUUCGCCCCCUUAGCUCUUCCGCCGGAUCAUCCCUUCUGGAUGGCAGAAGAGUUGUCCAUGCCUGAGCGGCCUGCUGUAUAUGCGGAUUCGGUUUCUGGGAUGGUAGUCACGCAUCAACUAAAUCAUACCAUCAUGCUCGUCUCUGGACCCGGCACCCAUCAAUUGAUGCGACACAUUCCGGAGAAAUACAUGAAAUUCGCCUAUUCUUCUCGUUACGGGUUUAGCAUCGAGAGUGACGUACGAGAGUUCCAGCAAGGUGCUUUCGACAGUAUGAUCGGGUUGAGUGAUGACGGGAGACACUUCCGUGUCCGCGAGUGGUGCAAUGAGGCAAUUUUAGCUGGAAACAUCCUUUUCUCGACAUGGAAACCGUGGAAGGAUGUUACAAUUCAGUCGUGGCUGAUCCCGGCGGGUGCAUGGCAUAUUCGAGUGCAUCAAAUCUUAUCGCCGAGAAGCCUUCAAACUGUCGAGGGUGGAUUCGCAGCGCCGCGGACUGAUUUUGCCAGAGACGUGAAAGAAGAAGAAGGAUCCGAGGCAUAUGUUCUUAGUAAAUUGGGUGAUUUUAGUGGCAUCGUAGACUUUUCACCCCCGGGACACACACGAGCAGCACGCAUUAUUGCACCACAUGGAAAUACAAAUGUGAUGUUCCCAAGAACCCUUGUGCCCCAAGUUGUCGGAGAGGUGAAAGAAAACGUACCGACUGUUUUUGCUGCUGCAAUCCUCGCCGGGCCUGAGGGACGGGAAAUGCAUACACAAUGGAGGACCAGGCCACGAAUUCCGACACUUUCAGAGCUGACCAGCAUUGUCAAAGAGAAGGGAGUGAAUAUUAAGAUUACGGAGAAUUACAUUUCUUCCCGAAAGUCAGCCAUGUGA